GCAUGGUCGGCAGGGUUUCUCUAUGCGGCGGGAUUUAUGGUAAAGUGUUCAAAUUUUAUUUUGCUUCCAGUUUCAACUCUCACUCUCCACAUUUGUUUCGUUUUUGCGCUUAAUUUGAAGUCUCAAAAGUUGAAUAUGGGAGCUGAGUGUGGUUUUCAAACAAAACAACAGCUCAACGAGUGUAUUUUGCGCUGCCCUUGGUCGGAAUACCCGCUUCCUCCAGUACACAGAGCUUGUCGAGAUGGCGAUAUUCUUAGUUUGACCUAUUUGACCAUCCAAGGAGAUAGGUUAGCAGUUUUUCACUCAAUUAAUGCUCAGGAUCAAUUCCUUAUGUGGACACCUAUACACUGGGCAGCUUAUUUUGGAAAGGUUGAAUGUGUGAAGCGCCUUGUUGAGUGUGGAUUAAACAUUGAUAUAACUGAAGGGAGAUUUGAACAGUCUGCAGCUCACCUUGCAGCCUUUGCUGGUCAUGUGGAUGUACUCCAAUGGCUGCUGGAAAAUGGGUCUUCUGGACAGAAGCAGGAUAGUCUUGGAGAUACUGCAGUGCACAAGGCUGCUCGCUGUGGAAGCAUUCAAUGUUUGAGGUUGUUACAGGAAUUUGGAACUCCCUUAAGUACUUUCAACUUGUACCGGCAAACACCCUGUGACCUUGCUUCCUCACUUGGCUAUGAACAAAGUGUUCAGUUCUUGAGAAAUCACAGCUGUGCUACAGUGUCAAGCCAGAGAAAAAGUAAAAGAUUACUUGAUGAUGGAGACUACACAGAGCAAGCAAAAAGACCCAGGAAUGGUGUUGUGGAAUAUUUCGAUCAUCUUGAGGAACUUGGUCCAAAUGCUGUAAAUCACAAUCUGCACAUUUCAAAUGAUGAAAAUCAAUGGAUAGACAGUACAAAUAGUUUUCAGAAUGGGCAUGUAAAUGAUGAACAUUUCAAAAGCACAAGUUACAGCAGUUGUCUCUCUGCUAAGAACAGUGAUGUUGACAUGCAUAGUGAUGAAGUUCAAGAAACUAAUGCAAUCGAAACAAAUUCUAGCGAUCUUUAUUUAAACCAGCCUGUUAGAUGUUUAAGUCUAUGCAGUCACAUGCAGUAACUAGCUUAUGCUGUCUAUAAAUUUAUCCAUUUGUAAAUAGAGGUCAACUCAGAAACUCUUAAGAUAAAUGAAGAAAUUCCCAUAUGGUAAUGUUCACACAACUUUGGCCACUGCAUAUGUAUUUAUUUAGCUGUAAAGCCAUUUUACCUUUGCAUUAAAUGUUGCUUCAAUGUGUUACAAGUUACCUUCAGUGUAUAUACAUCAUCAUCCAGUACAUAGUUGUAACAUUCUACUUUGUCUGCAAUUAAAAGGAUCAAGGUACAUGAACUGAUAUCAGAAAUUUUGAAAAGUUGACAUUUCAAGCAUUGGCACAUCUUUGAAACAAAUUUGCUCUGAUCCAGGGCAAAUGUAUGGUUGGAGUUUGUCUAUCAGACUUUUGACUUAGGCUGAUGCAAGAAUACAGUGAUCAGCUUGAUAACAUUUGCUAUGGCAGUUUAUGAACCUUAAACAACAGGUUGUUGCAUGGAUAACCUUGAAAUUAUUUCUUUUUCAUGUCAACACAGCAAAAUACUUUCUUUAGAAACUAAUAGCCUUGUUGGAUUACAUUGUUUGCAUACAUUUUCAGUCCAGUGCACAUAAUGUCAUGUGGCAACUUGGCAAUUGACCACUGAAAAAAUGUUCCUUAAUUUAAAGUUGACUGCCAACUUAAGUGUGGCAACUCUGUUCCUUUGUUUUUUUUUUAAAAACAUACUUUUAUGAAUUUAAUUGCAUUUACUGUGCUUGAAAAAAUGUUCUACAUCUUUCAAUUUUGUAAUAUAACAACUUAAUGCAAUAUUCUAUCUACAUGAAAUUAUUAACACCUAAGGGAAAGGUUCUCAAAAUGUAUUUGAUAAUUGUAAAUUUCUAGUAAAAUAAACUGAAAUUCUUCUGGUUGUAA